AUGGACCAGUCGCGGACCAAGUUCAAGAUCACACGCAUGGACCUAUGCGAGAUAUCUUUCUCCGGCAGAGACUUCUUAGAUAUCAACUUAUCAGAGACAGUUUCCGAGGAGCAACUCCGGCAUAGAAAGUUCUGUGAGAUCUUUCUUGUUGUGGAUAACCAUGGCAAUAUUCAUUCUAGGAAUAUGGUGAUAAUGGAGGAUGAUAACCCACCGAGAGCAAUCUGGAUUGAAGAACUUCAGCAGGAGUGGGUUGAUUUCGAGAAGCUCCUUGUUCCUGAGAUGGCUGAGGACUUGGCAGAUGCGGUUGACAUCCUCCCUCACUCGAAGAGUUCCACCCACACCAGUUACAAAUAUCUUCUGGUCAUGUAUGUACAAGGUAGAUUCCAUGGAUAA